AUGGCCAAAAGUGUCCGUGCCAGCGUCUCCAAGCGCAACAGAGCCAAUCUUCGCAAGAAGGUGUUCGGUCCGUUGGUUGAUGCUAGAACUGAGCGACUUGCAGCCAAACUCCAGGAGCUUGCUUCACAACCCCGACCCGACGCCCCCCAGAAAUCAAGGAAGGACUCAGAAAUGGAUGACUCUGCCGACCAAGAGGAAACUGCUACCAAGGCCUCUGAAGCCGGCGCAGACGAAGAGAUGGAUCUCGAUUCCAAGACCCCCAAGAGCCGAUCUUCGAAAUCGGGACGUGUGCAAAAGCAGCGCAACCGCAAGCCCCGCAACUCUAUCGUUUUCCAAGCGCGUCCUUCCAAGACCAAGAAGGGACCCAACAAGAAGUGA